UUUCUGCCUCUGAAGGAACAACAUCGUGUGAGGAACGUCUUUACUAGGUCUCAUCUCGCUGCACCUGCUUAACAGAAAACUGAAAACAGAGGAAGAAAAUGAGGGCGGACUGUGACUUCCUGCUGUUCCCACAUCCUGAAUACCAUCUUAGUUGGCCACCAUGUCUACUGACCCUGCUGCGGACCUGCCAUUCUUCUACGGGAGCAUCAGUCGCUCUGAAGCAGAGAAGCACCUCAAAAUGGCCGGGAUGUCUGAAGGCCUCUUCCUGCUGCGCCAGUGUCUCCGUAGUCUGGGUGGCUAUGUUCUGUCAUUGGUCUGCAACACUGAGUUCCAUCAUUACUGCAUUGAGAAGCAGCUGAAUGGGACUUACUGUUUGUCUGGAGGGAGACCUCACUGUGGGCCAGCAGAACUCUGCGAGUUCUACAGCAAGGACCCGGACGGGCUGGCAUGUGCGCUGAGGAAGCCAUGCCUGCGUUCGGCAGAUACACCUAUAAGACAGGGUGUGUUUGAUAGCCUGAGAGAGAACAUGCUGAGAGAGUACGUGAGGCAGACAUGGAACCUAGAGGGGGAAGCCAUGGAGCAAGCCAUCAUCAGUCAAGCGCCUCAACUGGAAAAGCUGAUUGCCACCACAGCCCACGAGAAGAUGACUUGGUAUCAUGGUAAAAUACCUCGAAAGGAGGGAGAGAGGCGGCUUUACUUAGGAGCUCAACCUGAUGGCAAGUUUCUGGUGCGAGACAGAGAUGAGUCUGGUACCUUGGCUCUCUCUGUGAUAUAUGGAAAAACAGUUUACCACUAUCAGAUCAUCCAGGACAAGUCUGGGAAGUAUUUCAUGCCAGAAGGAUCAAAGUUCGACACAAUCUGGCAGCUUGUGGAGUACCUGAAGAUGAAACCCGACGGCCUGCUGACAGUUCUCAAGGAGCCUUGUGUCAACAGACAAGCAACUGCAUACCCACCCAGUGUUCCAGCAACAAGAACCACGCGCACAAAUGGAUACACGCCGCCACCUCGUGUUGAUCAUAGUCUUCUCCCAAUGGACUGCGAUGGUUUUAACCCUUAUCACGACCCGAAUGAUCUGAAGAAGUUCUACAUCCAGAGGGACCAACUGCUCAUAGAUGAGGUGGAGCUUGGCUCUGGCAACUUUGGCAGCGUCAAGAAGGGGGUGUACAUGGCAAAUGAGGGCCAGAAAGAUGUGGCCAUUAAAGUCCUGAAGAAUGACAAUGAGAAUAUGGUGAAGGAAGAAAUGAUGAGGGAGGCUGAGAUCAUGUACCAGCUAAGUCACCCCUUCAUCGUCCGAAUGCUGGGUCUGUGCAAAAGUGAGUGCCUGAUGCUUGUCAUGGAGAUGGCUGCCGCUGGACCUCUGCACAAGUUUCUGUCUGCAAACAAGGAAACAGUGAGCGUGGAGAAUAUUGUGACUCUGCUGCAUCAGGUCUCCAUGGGGAUGAAAUAUCUGGAGGAAAAUCACUUUGUGCACAGAGAUCUGGCAGCACGCAACGUCCUACUAGUCAACCAGCAAUUUGCCAAAAUCAGCGACUUCGGACUCUCAAAGGCUCUUGGAGCAGACGACAGCUAUUAUAAGGCCAAGAGUGCCGGAAAAUGGCCUCUUAAGUGGUACGCUCCAGAGUGUUUGUACUAUCGGAAAUUUUCCAGUAAAAGUGACGUGUGGAGUUUUGGAGUGACCAUGUGGGAAGCCUUUUCCUAUGGAGGGAAACCAUACAAGAAAAUCAAAGGAACAGAAGUGCUCGAAUUCAUUAAAAGUGGAAAUCGUAUGGAAUGUCCUGCAGCUUGUCCUGAGCGGAUGUAUGCGUUGAUGCUCCAAUGUUGGACAUACGAGCACGAGAAGCGUCCUGACUUCAAGUCAGUGGAGGAAUCCAUGAGAACUUACUAUUACUCCAUAUCCAACAAGGCCACUUCAGAUGUUGCUGUAGAGCUUAUCAAGUAGACAGACACAAGGACUAUUCAGUACUAUUAUGCACAAAGACUCUGUUCAACUGGUCAUUAAACCAAAACAAAGAGCUUUUUAUGAGCUGGUGACAGCUUAAGACUCUGGUCCUGCUCUGUUUAACAGCCUACAAUAACAUGUGCAUUUAAUCCUGAGUUACAGGGCAUGUGCUUAUAUAUAUUCUUUUUUUUUUUUUAUAUAGAAAUCAGGUCAUUUAGUUUUUCUGCUUUUAAUAUAAUUGUUCUCUAAUUUAAUUUCCAACAUUUUGGGUGAGUGAGUUCUAAAAAUGGAAGAGAAUCUGGAAGAAAAUGCAGCCUCAAUUUUAGUUUCUACAUGACUGAGCAUUCAUUCUGUUCCUGCUCUGAAAACUGCUCUGAAUCAUGUGGUUAGUUGCAGACAAGCUGCAGAAAGAAGCACAGCUCACAUGUUGUACAAUAAUAAAUGACACAUUGGCUGGAAUGCUAGUGCUCAUUCAAAUGUUUGAGUAGUUCAAUAUAUUCAUCCACCUAUCUAUUCAGUUAUCCUAUCAUUGGCAUCUCUUGCUGACCACCCACCUAUCUCACAUCUCUUCCAUCUACUCAUCCAUUCUGUUUUCCUUUAUGUUGUUGUUCUUCCCCCAUCUGGUUAGAAUUCAUCCCAUCAUCCUUUCAUUCAUUCACUAUUUGUCCAUCCACUUAUCCAUCCAUCAAUCCUCUGAUCUAUAAAUUGAUUGAUUGAUUCGGCUUCUAUACUAUUUAUCUACCUAUCUCUGCAUCCGUUAUUCAUCCUUUAAAUUGUUUCAUCUUUAUUUCAGGCGUGGGCAGACAUGGACUUCCAAUUUUUUAACAGGUUGUUAUUUCAAGACAAAUCACAAUGUGCGCAUACUAUGUCGUUUUCAUGAGCGCCCGCUGAAAUUUUAAAGGGAUCCAGCACAAAUAGGGCAACCUUCUUUAAAGUCGCUGUAGCCGAAGAACUCCUGCCCGAGGUCGCGGAAGCAGGGGGGCUUUCUUUCAAAUUAAGUUGUCCUUUCCUCGAAGCAGGUAGCUGCCUUCAAUUGUUUUACUUCCUAUUCUUUUGUUCUACUUUUAAAUAGAAACACACGUAAAAAAUCA